AUGUGGGCUAAGCCGCUGGAUGACACGCCUUUCUUUCGGGACUUUGGACGGCUAAUCUCACGUGUACGUGUCGUGUACACUCACGCCGUGUGUGAAGACCGUCGAGACAACAUCGACCCGACGAGCAGCAACCCCAUUGCAUCCAUGAUUGCUGUCUCAAAAGCUGUGGCAGCCCAUAUAUCCCCCAGCGACAGGAUCGUAAAGCACUCCCUCAUCUUUGCCGCUGUGUCAUGUUGUGUUCUUGGUCAGAAUUAUGCGCUGGAUGCGGUUCUCUCCACGACCGCGGACUGCGAGACUGCCGCACGGGCAAUUGGUAUUGUCCUCGGCGAGUCGUCUCCAACCAUCUCGUUGCUCAAGCUCAUCCAUCAGAAUGUUGUGUUGGCGGGGCUGUGCCGCAUCCACGCGUCGUCGUCGCCGUCGAUUUUGCUCAAAGACGUGAGAUCCCCCGAUGGAUGGCAGAUUCACGUCGUGCUGGGCCCGUCGACAUGCCAGUUGGUGCACAUGCGAACAGAGCAGCCGGCGGACGCGUCCUUGCCACCAUUCCGCGUGCAAUGGGAAGUGCGGUGUGUGUUUUCCAGAGCGAUCACAGAGCUCACGGCCGUGCGGCUGCGCAUGACGUCGCUUGAGUUUGGCAAGGUCGGCGUGGACGCCACCGCGGCACACCGCGACGCCAUUCGAUCUCAUUUUCUCGGCGGCGACCUCUUUCUUGCAUGACAAUUGUAACCCGAGUGCACCGUCGCGAUUCCAAUAUAAGACGAUGCAAGGCAUGCAAAUUUGUC